AUGUUGCUCGGGCACACGGCUUGUGGCUCGCUCUGGUGUUACACCUGCCGCCUCCAAUUCAAAACCGACAACUGCAAAAAAGCGGUAUUCUGCAAAGACAAGACAAAAUCAUGCAAAACAGAUGUGAUCAAUCUGCUGGGGUUUAUCAACGUCAUCUCGAAGGAAUGCGCUUCAUCGUGCACCGUGUACAACAAGGACAUCGCCAUCGCCAAAAGGAACAUCUCCUGCUGUUCCACCGAUCUCUGCAACAUUGAUGACACCUCCGCCUCCCCAACCACCUGUGCCCAGAUGGCGAUGGUGGCUUUCACCAGCUUAGCCUGCAUGAUUCUGAGCAGGGUACUGUGA